AUGACGACGGAACCUGCGAUAGCGACUCUCGCCCCUGCGGCGCUUGGCGGGGACAGCCUUGCGCCUGGCAGCGACGGCAGAGCGCGCAUGGCUAGCACCAACAGCCUGCCGUCGCCGCGUAUAGCCAUUAAUGAGGAUGCCACGGCUGCUGCUGCUGCUGCACAGAACCGCCCCGCCAUUGUCCCCCACAUGUAA